CGAAAAGUGUGCAGGGAGAGGGAUCAUUCGGUACCUCUUUUCACGUCCGCGUUUUUUGAUCCAAAGGCGCUUGUAUGAUCUAACUACAUUUCUUUUUGGAAACAAGAAUGACUCCAACGGCGCUCAUGCAGCAUGUGAUUUUAGUGACAUGUGCUUUCAUGAUCAGCCGAACUUUUCCGCAAGCGCUAGCAGAUUGGGUGGACGAAGAAAAAAAGAAACUUGCGGAUAGUUUGAAUGCAGAGAGCGAAAAUUUGCACAAGCCACUCCCACCAAAGAUGGAGGAAAACGAUUUUCUUGGGACGCAUCAUUCACAGGAUCUCGUUUCUUCAAACUCAGAAUUUGCCAAAAUUCGGCACAGCAAAGCCUUUGUAGAUAAAACACUUUUCCUCUACGAAUGGCUGAACUUCCGACCAAAACGUUGGUACGUGACCGCACCCCCUGGCUUUGGCAAGUCCGCCCUGGCAACGAUGGCCGUCCAAUUUCUGAACGCCUCUUUCGAAAUUGUAAAUGGGACGACAAAUUUCCAUGACAAAUACAUGACCGCUGCUUACAAACUCUUCCAAGGCACGAACAUUUUCGAGAUGAACGAGUUCAUUGACGAGCAAUUCCACAAGUACGCUGUCAUAUACAUCGAUCUAGCCCCUUUGAGUAACACUACGGAAGCGACCUUUACAGAGAUGGACGACUUCCAUUCGAAGGACUUCCACAGAUACUUCAAGAUGGUAAUAAAGAAGAUGAUGAACUAUUAUCCAACCCUCCUUCACCAUCCGCGCCUAUCGGAUGCCGAGAAAAGAAGUUUGAAAGGGUAUCUAGAAAACGGGAUGGACCCUGAUGUGGGCCCGCCUAAAUUUUGGAAUAGUGCAGCGUUUCUCAGGUAUCUCCUGAAAAGAUACUUAAGACUGGAUGUCAUCAUUAUCGUAGAUAAUUAUGAUGCAUUGUGCAGACCUGCAAUCUUUGGAGAUUUUCAUCGAGUGCAAAGACCCUACUUAGCGUCGUACCUCAUCAAUUUCAGUGGCAUGAUAACUUCAAAUACCCAGACAACGAUUCUGUAUCUCGGAUCGUUCAACACCAUAGAACUGAUGCUUAAACAACCGGGUCAAUUAGGGUUUCACAAGUUGGCAAAUCCGAUUACACAUACGCCGUUUUCACACGAAAAGAAACUCGCGAAGUACUUUGGAUUAUCCAAGCAGGAAGUUACUGACAUUUUAUCCAAGUACUCGAUGGAGGAUCACUUCCAAAUAGUCAAUGACCUUUUGAACGGACACGCAGUUUCAAAAUCAUCUCUGACUCUGUUCAACACUAAAUCUGUGCUUUCGUACAUCGAGAAUAGAAAUUAUUCACCCAGCGCCCUCAUAAUGCCUUUGACUGCCGAAUUCCUGAACCACUAUAGAAGAAUGUUUGAAAGCGAAUGGGUCGUUGAUGUUGUGGCCCAGUGUAUAUACACUGAUAGAGCAAAGAUCAAGAUACCACCGGUUUUGAAAAUAAGUUUUGCAAGCUUUACAAGAAUUACGCACUUGAUUAGUAAUUUGACUACAGCUCGUGGUAUAAAAAGCCUGAGUAUAGAGCAUGCCACAUCAUUCAUUAUAUUUUUAAGAUUUCUGGGUCUAAUAUCGACUCGUGACGAAACAGCUAAUGUGUACAAAUUAAGGACAUCUAGUCGUAUUGAUGCCGAGAUCAUUAAUGACUGCGUUUACCGUAGUGGUAGUAUACAAAAUUUAUUUAAAAUUAGUGCAGAGGACGACCUGGCGAUGGUUGCCGCCGUAAAAGGCCUAGCUCCAAAUAACGAUUCAGUGCAGUCCUUUGGCGAGGCUAUCUUUAGAAUCGUCAAAUUAAAAGCUCCUGAGGCCGAGCAUCAGCUGAAAUCUUUAAUUUAUGUGUAUUCAAAGAAGGUUGCGGUUGAAAAGGGUGAAGACUACUCAAUGGAGGCUGGAAUUACAGCCCCCCUGGUGAGUUAUGUCAAACCGACUGGAGAAGGAAAACUUAUUGUCAACAAAAGGAUGGAUAUAAUUUUGGUCCAAAAAAAGAAAGGAAUUGGGGUCAUUAUACAACCCAGAUUGCAUUAUAAUGCAACGUCUGUUUUAAAUUCAAUGUCUAAUUUCGAAUAUUUCAAAAUAUUUGACUCUGAUCCUCGCUUUUCAAAGCUCAAAAUCAAAGAUAGGCUUUUGAUAGCAAUUUCAGUUACACCUGAGAAAUCAGUGGAAAUUGCAGCAGAAGCCUGGGACUAUGACAGAAGAACUUUUGUAAAACAUAUAGUAUUGAACAUGUAAUGCAUGUCGAGUUGAUUAUGAUAUAGUUUUAGAGACCAUUGCCAAAACAUGAAUGUGCUCUGAUUGUUCCUUCUAUGUGAAUCUUUAAGUGUUUUCUAAUAAAAUUGUUGCAAAAAAA